CCGAGCAACCGCAAAACAGGCCAAAAAAGUACAUCUGCAUCUUCCCCGAGUCACACUUGUGGAGACGACUUAUUCAGAGUCUUUUCAAGAACACAGCUCAUCUCGUCUAGUGCCUGAAAUGUCUUUUAGAGACGAGGAUCUGACAGACGGGGGAAAUGGAAGUCUUAAAAAGAGUAAAAAGAAGCUGAAGGGGGAAAGUGCUUGGAGACCGGAGGGACCCCGAGACCCAUUUGCUUUGCUGGACUCUCUGCCUGAGAAGAAACAGCAGGAGAUCCAAAGAGCCCUUCAUCUAUUCUCCUUGGGCACAAGUCUGCCAAAGACCUUGCGAGAGGCCAAAAAACACACCUACCGCUUCUGGGACACACAGCCUGUUCCCAAACUGGGUGAUAAUGUCACAGCUCAUGGUCCCAUCGUAGGAAGUGAAGGCAGUAUUAGGGAUGAACCCUACACUCUGCCUCCGGGGUUUUCCUGGGAUACUCUGGAUCUGACCAACCCCUGCAUUAUGAAAGAGCUCUGCAGUCUACUAAAUGAGAACUACAUGGAAGACGAUGACAACACUAUCAGACUCGACUUUUCCUCAGAGUAUCUACAAUGGGUUUUGCAACCUCCCGACUGUCAGUCACAGUGGCACUGUGGAGUGAGAGUGCAAACCAACAAGAAGUUAGUCGGCUUCGUCGCUGCUGUCCCUGCAGAUGUUCGUGUUUACGAGACGGAGAAGCAGAUGGUUCACGUCAGGCUCCUUUGUGUUCACAAAAAGCUUCGACAGAAGCGGAUGGCUCCGGUUCUGAUCAGAGAACUCACCAGAAGGGUCAACCUGCGAGGCCUCUACCAGGCCGUCUACACAGCUGACAUCGUACUCCCAACACCGCUAAGCUCCUGCAGACUGUGGCAUCGCCCUCUGAAUCCCCGUAAGCUGAUGGAGGUCAACUACCCGCGUUUGAGACAAAACAUGAACCUGCAGAGAGCACUCAAGUUCAACCGCCUCCCUGAGGUUACAAACACAAAGGGACUCAGGCCUAUGACCAAAGAAGAUGCUCCAAGAAUCCUCCCUCUGCUCCAGGAACAUCUCUGCAAGUUUAAGCUCAGCCCCGUCUUGUCUCAACCGCAACUAGAGCACUGGUUGUUGCCAAGAGAGAACGUGAUUGACACUUAUGUUGUGGAGGGUGAUGAUGGCUCACUGACCGAUGUGGUUAGUUUCUAUACCGUCACCUCCAGAGUGCUGAAUCACCCCGUGCACACUGGUCUCAGAGCGGCUCAUCUUCUUUACGUCAUUUCUACUGGCACAGAGCUAACCGAUCUCAUGGGAGAUGCUCUGAUACUGGCCAAAUCUAAAGGCUUUGACAUCUUCACUGCCUUCGACGUGAUGGAUAACGCCAGCUUCCUGGAGAAACUCAAGUUCGCUGUCAGUGACAAGAGCCUUCAUUACUACUUGUACAAUUGGACGUGUCCUUGGAUGAGUCCAGACGAGGUUGGCUUGGUGUUACCCAGCUAAAUAAAGGUGAAGAUGACAUGCUACAAACUUUACGAGCAUAAAAGCAUGUUUUGUGUAUUUUAUUGUGUUUCCACAAUUAAAUAAACAAUAAUAAAAUGCUA